CUGCCGUCCCGCCCCGCCCUUUCCAAAGCCCUCGGUUCCUUAGAAACCAGGCGGCGCGUUCCCGGUGCGGCGCGCUAGACUCUGGGGCCCGUGAGUCCCUACUAGCCUUCCUCACCGAGGGCUGGUGGCCAUUGGGACCCUUGUGGACCUAUGGUCUCCGGUGCGGAGCAGGGCGGGCAAUGCCAGUGUGCCAGAAAGAUCUCUUUGCAAUAUGAGGAAUGGAUGAAAGCAGGAAAUGAUGGAAGCCAGAGAGAACAAGUAGAAGGUUGUUGCAGUCAUCCAGCCUUGGACAGGAGUAGUAAAGAGAGCACAUGGAGCAAGAAGAAAAGAGGAUGCCUCUGACCAACCUCAAGAACUUCAGCAAGAAGGUGCUGGGGGCAGGAACAGGGGAGCCCAAAAGUGGCAUGGCACUCAGAAAUGACCAGAAAGGUGGGAGACUGUCAUAGAUGGGGAGAAAAGAGGAGCCAUGUUUGACCAGGACUGUGAGAUGGUCGUAUUCAUGCUGGAGGCUCUUGUGAGGAGAUGAGUUGGUGAACAGAGAAGCCAGCAUGAAGAUGCUCCCAGGAGUGGGCGUGUUUGGGACUGGCAGCUCCGCCCGGGUUCUGGUCCCACUGCUGAGGGCAGAAGGGUUCACAGUGGAGGCCCUUUGGGGGAAGACUGAGGAGGAGGCGAAACAACUUGCGGAGGAGAUGAACAUCAACUUCUACACCAGCCGGACCGAUGACGUCCUGCUGCAUCAAGAUGUGGAUCUGGUGUGCAUCAAUAUUCCCCCUCCACUCACCCGGCAAAUAUCUGUGAAGGCUCUAGGUAUUGGGAAGAAUGUGGUUUGCGAGAAGGCAGCAACUUCAGUGGAUGCCUUCCGGAUGGUGACAGCCUCGCGCUACUAUCCGCAGCUGAUGAGCCUGGUGGGGAACGUGCUGCGCUUCCUGCCUGCCUUUGUGCGCAUGAAACAGCUGAUUGCUGAGCACUAUGUGGGCGCAGUGAUGAUCUGCGAUGCUCGUAUCUACUCAGGCAGCCUACUCAGCCCUAAUUAUGGCUGGAUCUGCGAUGAGCUCAUGGGUGGUGGGGGCCUGCACACCAUGGGCACCUACAUUGUGGACCUGCUGACCCAUCUGACUGGCCGGAGAGCCGAGAAGGUCCAUGGGCUCCUCAAGACCUUUGUGAGGCAGAAUGCGGCCAUCCGUGGCAUCCGGCAUGUCACCAGCGAUGACUUCUGUUUCUUCCAGAUGCUCAUGAGCGGGGGUGUGUGCAGCACAGUAACACUCAACUUCAAUAUGCCAGGCACCUUUGUGCAUGAGGUCAUGGUGGUGGGCUCUGCGGGACGCCUUGUUGCCCGGGGAGCUGACCUCUAUGGGCAGAAGAACACUGCCACACAAGAGGAGCUGCUAUUGAGGGACUCGCUGGCUGUGGGCGUGGGGCUGCCCGAGCAGGGACCCCAGGAUGUCCCACUGCUCUAUCUGAAGGGCAUGGUCUACAUGGUGCAGGCCCUGCGCCAGUCCUUCCAAGGGCAGGGAGACCGCCGCACAUGGGACCACACCCCAGUCUCCAUGGCCGCCUCAUUCGAGGAUGGGCUAUACAUGCAGAGUGUGGUGGACGCCAUAAAAAGGUCGAGCCGAUCUGGGGAAUGGGAGGCUGUGGAGCUGCUGACGGAGGAACCCGAUACCAACCAGAACUUGUGUGAGGCGCUCCAGCGAAAUAACCUGUGAGCCUGCACUUGGGCUCUCUGCCAUAGGCAAAGGGGCCAGGGAGGGACCAGGAGCCGUGAUGGGAGGGCUUAGCACUAGCACAGAUGGUAUCUUUAACAGGUCAACUCAGGUAGGGUCCAGGUGAAGCCCAAAGCGGCCCCAAGAAAACGCCCCCUCCAGCACUCUUACUCCUCAGACUUGCAGGGCAGUGAAGGUCUUAUUGCCAUAGCUGAGAGGGCUAACACAACGUGUGUGCGGCGGAGCUGCCACUAGGUCUUUAUAAUGCUGGUGAGCAGGGCCAACAAGAGCUUGAGGUAGGAGCUGCUUCAGCCUAUUGGUGGUUCUAACUGGUUAAGAAAGCACAGCAGGGAGCCAGCUUUGCUGAUUCCUCAGGCCUGAGGAGAAAUGACUAGAAGCCUUGUUUCCAUGCCCUUCCUGGGCUUCUGACAUCUCAGGAAUGGUGAGGACAGCAAAGUCAUCCCUCAGGGAUCCACACCUGCCCACCCCCUGUGUGACCUUUCAGCCUCCAGGCUGCCUCUUCCCUGGCAGGUAGGAGGGGUCCUUCAUUGGGUGAGCUCUCAGAAGCUGUUAACCUAAGGCCAAGGACCCCUGAUUUGCAGAGAGGAGACAAGAGAGAGCCCUGGAAUAUCUGAUAAAUGUUAAUAAAUAAAUCAGAAAGUCUGACACUAUG